AUGGCAGGGCCCGAACAGCCCGACCCCGCCAACAUCGCCAAAAUAUUGCUAUCAAGGCACGACCUCGAGCUUGUCUCCUGCACAACCCUCCAAACGCUCUGGGCCGGCUACGGAAAAAUCAGCGCCAUAACCGCCCGAGCAACAACCGAUGAAGCCGCGAUAUAUGUAAGCAAACUAUGUGGUCUGGAGCCGCGCGGCGCAGGAUCAACCUACCCGCUCAUCUUGAAACUCAUCUCGCCGCCGCCCAGCCAAGAGGGCGCGGAGGAGGAGGGACACCUGCGAAAAAUGCUGAGCUACAAGGUGGAGCAGUAUUUUUAUAGUGAUGCUGUUCCGUUGCUUGGAGAUGAGGUUUCUGUUGCGAAGCUUCUUGCUUCGACGCGGGGUGAUGAUGAAUUGGCCGGAUCUGGGUUGAUAGCUACAAUUAUGGUUGAUUUGAGGCCUGCAUUUCCUGUUACGGGUGGGAAGAGGAGUGUCCUUGAUUCGGUUCAAGUCCACGCGGCGUUGGAGUGGUUGGCUGGGUUUCAUCGUCGCUCUUGGGCGUUGGUGUCUGGUGAUCUUAAGGAGUAUAUCUUGCCUCCGUUUGAGGAAUUGGCACGGAGAAGGAGGACUGGUGGUGGUGGGACGGGACUUUGGCUUAAUGGAGGUUAUACGUAUCUUACUACACGGUGGACAGAGUAUCUUUGGCUGUCCGAGAGCGACUCGGAGUGGAGAGAUGCGCUGUGCUCCUUGAUGCCCGAGGCGGAUAUACGGGUGAGUGUUGCCAUGGUUGUUGCGUUGUUCUUGAUGCCUUGUGGCAGAGCGAUAGAAUCUUAUAUCCAUGGUGAUGUCAAGUCGGAGAAUCUGUUCACAACACGUGAUGGAGACCGGGUCGUGUUUUUCGAUUUUCAGUAUGUUGGGUUGGGUCUAGGAGUCUGUGACCUGGCGAAGCUGUUUACUUGUUCCGUCCCUAUGCACAUGCUUAUCGAGACUGAGGUCCUGCCUAAGAAGUUGAGUAUGUGCGAGGGUGAGAAAGUCCUGUUGCAGCGGUAUCAUACCAGUCUGGUACAGCAUAAAGAUCCCGGAUUCUAUCCGUGGGAUGAAUUCAUACGACAUUGGGAGACUGCGCUAGUGGAUUGGUGUAGAUUCCAGGCUUCUUGGGGAUUUUGGGGCAAUACAGAGUGGCUUGAAGCUCGUGUGAGGUCAAUAUUAGAUGACCAAGAAUGGAGAGAUUGGCUGCUGAAGAGUGUCGACCUUGGUGACAUUGGAAAGAUUGCGAUAUUAAGGUGA